CCAGAUCGUGUGUGCAUGUGGAGAGAUGCUUGUUCAGAGACAGGAGUGUGCUCUUGGCUGCAGGGUCAGGAGAAGGACCUGGAUCGGGAGACGUGCCUGAUGCUUUACCGGAAGAUGCUGCGCCAGUACCAGACAGGCGACACACAAAAUAACCCUCAGAGGCAGGCCCAUAUACUAAACAAGGCAAUCGCCCAGUAUGCGCAGCCUUUGCACCGGCCCACAGUGCCCAACCUGGCUGCGUAUGAGCUCCAGGAGUGGCAAGCUGUGACGAAUGUGCUACACAACCUGCAUGGCUUGCCGAGGCCACCUGUAUAUCCCGACAUCGAGGCAGUGGGCACCCUGCCCACAUUCGAAGAGUUUUUCGCCAAGGAGGUAGUCGGGGUUCCAGAUGGAUACCAGCCUAACACAGGCAACCUGGUGCAGCCCCUGCUGCCACCCAACGAGACCACGGUGGCCACCUUUGGGCGACUAUUGGAUCGUUUUGCCAAUGGUGACCUUUCCAAACCUUUUGCAACUCUGAAGAAAGGCAACUCAUUUCCUGAGUUAGCAGCCGCUCUUGAUGCAGAAAGCAUUGAGGAUAUCCGCUGCACUGAGUGCUCUUCCGGGAGCCUUCUGGAAGAUGGCCCCUCGUCAUCAGUCAGCCCCGAAGCUUCGCACCAGUCGUGCAGUCGGUGCGAGGGGCUGCGAGCCACCCGAAGGAACUACGAGGUGCUGCAGGCACGCUUCCUUUCGUAUUUCUUCUGGCCCGCGCUGGUCGAUGGCUUGAAUGUUCCCGGCACAGUGGAGCUUCCGGUAGAGCCUCCCAAGAUACCAGUCAAGAGCCGCCCCGGGCAGCGUAGAAAGAAAAAGCCAUGGGUAAAGGAAAAGUGGAAAGAGCGCAAGGCACUGGCCGCCCAGAGAGCUGCCGCCAGGGCUUAAUUGUGCCGCACAAGAGGAAGUACGCGACGAGGGCGGUGCAGGUACUGCUCCGGCGGAGGACGGCACUGGGGUGGCCCCUGACGCACCCCACUGCGCGGAGGAUACGUGAGCUCGCAAUCGUGCUCUUGCUGCUCCAUACAUUCUAUGCUCAUUUGAGUUCUAGGCAGUUUCUUAUAAAGUAUGCUCCCCCUACUUUAGUCUUGGGGAUAGUUCGGAGAAUGUUGGGGAUGAAAAGCUUUAUUUGAGGGCAAGCAUUCUAGUCACUCUGUGAAAAGGCUAUAGCAUCUGAACCAGAAUACAUGUCAAAAUAUUUAGUCACAAUGUUACGACACCAUCAGAGAGUUUGCCACCUAACUCUCCAUCUUCAGAAGCAUCAAGUGCGUUGGAGAUGCUGCAACCUUUAAACGAGCGUGCGACAGUCUCCUGUAUAAUAGCAGCCAGAAAAUCGGCAGGAUGUUUAUUGACAUCCUGCCGAGGCAACUUUUGCAGAUCAUCCUCCAGCGUCUCCUCUGCUGUGUGCAGUUUCUCUUUCCCGUGAUGUUCGAGUUAUAUGUCGCAUGCACAUGUUUUCUGGCCUGCUCUUGCCAUUCCAAAACUUCCUCUUUCCCCCCCCCCCCCCUCGUUAUGUGAGGAUGCACAUGGCGAAAUCACGUUAAAAUGAGAAAAUAGCAAGCAUCGUGUCGCAUUUGAUCAAUAUUUUAUGGUAUGACGACUAUUGUGAAAAAGCUGUUUUGCAGUUUCAAGUUACAAAGUCUACUUUAUGACUCUUUGACUGAGUGAACAAAAUGAUUAAGUCUGCUUUCUCCUGUGAUAUAAGGCGUUCACUUAGCGAACCAACUGCUUUCUCUUGUGAUGUAAGGCUUUCACAUGAGUGAACCAACCACAUCGUCUGUGUAGCAGCAGUGUUGAGUUGCUUUUGAAAUUUUGGCUGUAUACUUGAAUAAAUUUGUUAUUUCUUGUUA